AAGAGGUUUUUGUGUGCUUUUUUGGUGGAAAGGAAACCUCUUCAUUGUAGAGCUGUUAAAAGCAAAAUAGGAACACAGCUGUGCUUUCAGAAUGAUUUGGCUUUAUCAAAUGAUUCAUUUCACUGUCUUAUUUGCUUUGGUUUUGGGUGAAUGCAUGCCUGAGAUGUAUAAAGACAAAUACUUUCAGGGAGGAGAUGUAGCUACCAUUUUUACACCUACCUCCAAGUACUGCCAAAUAGUGUGUACCUAUCACCCAAGGUGUUUGCUGUUCAGCUUUCUGCCUGCGGGAUCAACCAAAGAUACCAGUAAAUGGUUUGCCUGCCUCUUGAAAGAUAGCGUCACAGAAACAUUGCCAGCAGUGAACAUGACAGGAGCAAUCUCUGGGCAUUCCUUUAAACAAUGUCAACACCAAUUAAGUGCUUGCCACACAGAUAUGUACAUAGGCCUCAGUAUGAAGGGAAUGAACUACAAUUCCUUUGUUACCACGAGUGCUCAAGAAUGUGAAGACAGAUGCACCAAUGAUGCCCAUUGUCACUUCUUUACAUAUGCCACGCAGAAGUUUCACGGUGAGGCCUAUCGCAAUGUGUGUGUAUUGAAAUAUACUACAACAGGAUUCCCAACAAAAAUAGACUUGCUUGAGAAUGUGGUAUCUGGAUUCUCACUGAAAUAUUGUGCAAUUUCUAAAAUGGCUUGCAUCCGGGACAUCUUUCCUAAUACCGUUUUUGCUGAUGUUGAUGAAGACAGGCUUUUCACUCCUGAUCCCUGGGUGUGCCAAAGUAUUUGUACUCAUCACCCCAACUGCCUGUUUUUUACAUUCCUUUCUAAAGAAUGGCCUAAAGAAUCUCAACGAAAUCUUUGCCUCCUUAAAACAUCCCAAGGUGGAAUUCCAAGUACACGUAUCACCAGACAGAAUGCCUUUUCAGGUUUUAGCCUAUUAAGCUGCAGGCACAGUGUCCCAGUGUUUUGUCAUGGGGCCAUUUAUACCAACACUGAUUUCUUGGGAGAGGAACUAGAUAUUUUUGAAGUCAAAGGUCACAAAGCCUGCCAAGAAAGGUGCACGGACACCAUACGCUGCCAAUUUUUUACCUUUUCACCAACUGAAGAAACAUACAACAAAGGGAGAGGUAAAUGUUAUUUGAAAAUGUCUUUGAAUGGAUCCCCAACUAAAAUACUUCAUGGAAGGAGAGGUAUCUCUGGCUACACGUUAAGGCUAUGUAAAAUGGAAAAUGCAUGCACAAACAAAAUAAAAGCAAAGGUUGUUGGAGGAACUAACUCAGUUCGUGCUGAAUGGCCAUGGCAGGUAAGCUUGCAUGUUACAUCGCCCAUCCAGAAACACUUGUGUGGAGGAUCUAUCAUUGGGAACCAGUGGAUAUUAACAGCUGCCCAUUGCCUUGAAGGACUAGAGGCUGCUACAGUUUUACGUGUCUAUGCUGGCAUUGUAAACCAAUCUGAGAUACGUGGAAAUACCCCAUUCUUCAGAGUUCAAGAGAUAAUUAUUCAUGAAAAAUAUGAAAUGGCAGAACAUGGGUAUGACAUUGCUUUGUUGAAAGUUGAGCUUCCUAUUAAUUAUACCACUCUCCAGCAACCCAUAUGCCUUCCUUCCAAAGGAGAUGGAAAAAUGAUAUAUACCAAUUGCUGGGUAACUGGCUGGGGAUACACAAAAGAAAGAGGAAAAAUCCAAGACACUCUUCAGAAGACUUCUGUUCCUUUGAUAACAAAUGAAGAUUGCCAGAUGAGGUACAGAGAACACAAAAUAACCAGUCAGAUGAUCUGUGCUGGUUAUAAAGAAGGUGGGAAAGAUGCUUGCAAGGGAGAUUCUGGAGGGCCCCUAUCCUGUCAACACAAUGGCAUCUGGCAUUUGGUGGGUAUAACCAGUUGGGGGGAAGGCUGUGCUCGCCCAGGACAUCCUGGUGUUUAUACCAGAGUGGAUGAGUAUGUGGACUGGAUUCUAAAAAAUACCUCGACAUGAAGAGGACCUUCAGUGUCUUUUGCUUCUAAGAAAUAAGAAAUGUUUUUAAUUGCAAGACAGUUUUUUAGUACAUCAUUUCCUUUGGUCCCAUUGAAGACCAGAAAGUCAUCGAUUUUCCUUUGAUUUUGUUUGGAGAGUCAGCUGGGGCAGUGGUGAGCUGACUUUGAGGCCUGGAGAACUUGGGUUCAAAGCCUCCUUUCAAUAAGCACUGGCUGUAUGACUUUGGAGAAGUCAUUUAACCUCUUUUUCUUGUCAGCAGCUCUCUAAGCAUUGCAGACCGGGUUUCCACAUGCACUAGAAGAAGGAGUUUUCUCAUCUGAGAAUAACCUAUAACAAUGAAACCAUGUGUCUAGUUCCUAUUCCUGUCUCCUAGGAUUACUUCUGCUUGUCUGCAAAUAAAACAUGACAAAGAGAGAAAGCAAA